GGCGCCGGGGGAGCCCCCAGCCAGGGGCUGCCCGACCUACCCCGCUUUCUUUUCUUCGGAAUGCACGGCUUUCUGGAUGAGAUCUUCUUCACCUUCUUCUUCAACGUACUGGGGCAGGGGGACGGAACAACCAGCGGCCACACGUCGCUCUGGUCCUUCUUUAUGUAUGGCAGCUGCAGUUUCGUGGUGGAAAAACUCUACUUCCAUCUCCACUACAGCCGCGGUUGGGGCACUUGGAAGCGGGUGCCCAUCUACGUGAUCUUCAUCUACGUGUGGGAGCUUUCCUGGGGUCUGGGACUCCGCACAUGCGGGGCUUGUUCCUGGGACUAUUCUCACUACCCGCUCAAUUUCAUGGGCCUCAUCACCCUGAUGUAUUUACCUGGCUGGAUAUUCCUUAGUGUGUACCAGGACCUAAUUUCCAACGUGUUGUGGAGGGUGCAGUACGUACCAAGUAACUAAAACCAAAAAAGAAAGAAAGAAAAGGAAAAAGUCAUUGGAUUCCCACGAAUGGAUGCGAUUUAUUUUUACACAUUUAAAAUGAAGUGGGUUUUUUAGUCCUUUAAUUUUUAUACACUUUAUUAAAUCUUCCAAAAUGUUUUAUUCCACCUUUUAGUUUUUCUAUUUGAAACCCGUGUAUAAUAUACUUUGAAACAUUACUCGAAACAUAAUUCAAAGUACUUAAUUCGCCAAUGUUUUAAAACGUUUACAAGCCCAAACAGCAAAACCGUUAUACCUUAACAUCAGAAUGGUGUAGUAGUGUUUACUCAUCUGGCCAUCGAUGAGUGAUAGCUACUAAUUUUUUUUGCGGGGGGGGGGAUCUUUAAAUCAGAGAGCAGUGAUUUUUACAAGAUUUGGCUAAAUUUUCUGAUUCAAUGAUUUGUUUACUUUCUUUUUAAUCUAAUUUCAUUUUAAAUCCUUGCCAUAUUUACCAAUGACUGAAGAAACUCAAUGUCUUGUACUCUUGAAACUACAGUUAAUAGAUCUUAAAGUGCCUCCGUCUAGCACACAAGUGAAAAGAGGCUGAAAAAUGCGAAAGCACGUUCUAUGAACAGAUUUUUAAAUGAGAUCUUUUCUAGUAACUCAGACAGGUGACACUGUGUUAAGAUAUUUGAUCUCCAUCCUGGAAAUGAUUGCUUUCCAAUGUGGGUAAGCCUUAAACACCAGGUGUGUUAACGUUGAUCAGAUCCUGUGUUAUCUAUGGCUGUACAUUUUUGUUACUGUGCAAUAAUGUAAAAUGUUUACCUUACAUAGCCAAGGGCCAAGUGAAAUUAUAUCACCUUCCACAGUGUUCUAACUCCAAGGACCCUUUUCUACAUGGAACUUCAAGGGCAGAACAUUACCUUUGAAUAAAAUGAACCUGAAUGUUCACGUUAAUUAC